AUGUUUACCUCUGAUCUGGCUGAACUCAAGACACAGACUGCCCAUUUGUCGGCGACUGUUGCCGCUUUGCAGUUGCGCCUUUCCGCCGGUCCCUCUCGACGUUCCUUUGGCCUUGACCAUCGUCGUCACACUCUCGCUCCAGGACCGCAAACCUAUGCUGGAAUCAUCUCAACUAUGGCAACAAGGCGCGGCGCUAUGUCCCACCCUGCUCCUUCAGGCCCACGCAGGGAAACUCCUCGGCCGGAGAAUAACUGCGGCCGAGCUCUCUGGCAACUCUACGGGUCGCACCUUUUACAUCAGUGAUAACACGAGUGGCAGGAAUUUUUUAGUCGACACGGGCGCUUAAAUUAGUGUUAUCCCUCCCACGCCAGCCGACCGCCGUUGCCCAAACCAUGGUCUAUUCCAUCUAGCCGUAAACACAUCCCCAAUUACAACCUUUGGACUUCGCUCCCUCCCCCUGGAUAUUGGUCUCAGGCGAUUAUUCCCCUGGAUAUUUGCGGUGACUGAUGUUCCCACCGCCAUCCUUGGUGCUGAUUUUUUGACCGCCUUUGACCUCAUGGUGGAUUGCAGGCAACUUCGCCUUCAUGAUCGCGCAACUACCCUCACCGUCAAAGGAUUUCCUCCAUCCUCAGCUUCUAACCAUCUAUCCGUCCUUGACCCAAACCCUGACUGUCCAUUUCGUAGACAUUUAGCAAAAUAUUCUACUCUCAUUAGGCCUCACUUUCUGACACCACAUGGCCCCAUGAUAUUGUUCAUCACAUAAAAACGACUGGUCCUCCCGUUUUCUCUCGUCAUCGCCGUCUUGUGGCUGGGAAAGUUGAAUUUGACCACAUGCUGCAACAUGGGGUUAUUUGGCAGUCUGACAGUCCCUGGGCAUCUCCUUUGCACAUGGUUCUUAGACAAAAAACUGAUGAUUGGCGUCCUUGUGGCGAUUAUAGAGCAUUAGACAAUAUCACAAUGCCGGAUCGGUAUCAGAUUCCUCACCUUCAGGACCUUGCCGGAGCUCUCUGUUGCAAAACCGUUUUCUCGAAGCUCGAUUUGGUCAGUGCUUUUCAUCAAAUUCCGAUUGCGGCUGAGGACAUUCCCAAAACGGCAGUGACUACUCAUUUUGGCUUGUUUGAGUUCCUUCGUAUGCCAUUUGGUCUCCGAAAUGCCUCACGCGCUUUCAAACGUUUCAUUGAUCGUGCUUUACUUGGCCUUCCAUUUCUUUGUGCACAUAUUGAUGAGGUCCUCGUCGCCAGUCGAGAUGUCGAGGAACAUCUCCAACACCUUGCCCAGCUUUUCGACCGAUUUUAGCAAUUUGGUCACACUGCAUCCUGCCAAAUGUUUCUCGGGAGCCACUUCUCUUGAGUUCUUAGGUCACCUGAUAGACUCAAACGGUAUUCGGCAUCUUCCCUCAAAGGUUGCCGACAUUCGGGUCCUUCCAUUCCCUACCUUGAAGCGUCAGUUGCAACGGUUCCUUGGUAUGGUGAACUUUUUAUCGUCGGUUUCUCCCGAACUGUGCCGAUAUCAUCCUACCUCUGACCAGUCUCUUCUCAUGUUCCAAGCGCAUUUUUGAACUAACACCAAGAGCACUCACGUCAUUUGAGCAGGUAAAAGCCAUUCUGGCUAAUGCCACCCUCCUGACUCCUUUCACUUUCUGAUGGUCGAUGCCUCCAAUGUUGCUGUUGGCGCGGUUCUUCAACAAAGUCUGCCAGAUUCUACCGUGCCUUUGGCUUUCUUCUCCAGGAGACUAUCCAAAGCCGAAACCCGCUACAGCACAUUCGGACGUGAACUUCUCGCCGCUUAUCUUGCCGUAAGACAAUUCCGGCAGUUACUCGAAGGUCGAGAGUUCACAAUUUUUACAGAUAGGAAGCCGCUUACCUUUGCUAAGCAUUCUCACUCCGACAAACUAAGCCGGGAAAUCCGCCGCCUAGACUACAUUUCGCAGUUCACUUCAGAAUCCGCCAUAUUGACGGGUCACGGAAUGAGGUGGCUGACGCACUGUCCAGGCCCUCUAUCGCCCACAUUCAGCUUUCACCGGGAUCGACCUCACUGAGAUGGCUGCUGAACAUCGCCGUAUCGGUUCACCCUGUGGUGAGGAUGCUUCCGGACUGUAACUUCAGUAACUACCACUGACAACUGACAACGGCACCAUUUUAUGCGACGUGCCACCCCUUCGCAUUGUCCAUUUGUGCCACCAUCCCUCCACCGCAAAGAUUCCUCCUCUCUGCACAAGCUCUCUCAAACUGGGAGUCGAGCAACCGACAAGCUGGUUUCCGACCGCUUCGUUUGGCCUGGGAUGCACAAAGACCUGAAAGCAUGGUCACGGGCUUGUAUCGCCUUUCAACGGAGUAAGAUCCAUCGGCACAACAAGACCCCAAUUGGCACCUUCCCCGGCCCUGGUGCAAGGUUCAGCCCCGUUCACCUCGACCUUGUAGGCCCCUACCUCUGCCCAAUAAUCGUUCCUAUCUCUUCACCUGCGUGGAUCGGUUCACUCGGUGGCUUGAAGCUAUUUCCCUGCCUGACAUUGCUACUCCAGCGGUGGUCAAGGCUCUUCUCAGUCGUUGGAUUGCUACCUUUGGUGCACCCUCCACAAUCACGACUGGCCGUGGUGCCCAGUUUGAGUGUAACCUCUUCCAGUCUUUCCUCUCCUCUUUAGGCUGUACCCGCAUCCGGGCGACAGCCUAUCACCCGGCUGCUAAUGGGAUGGUCGAGCGGUUUCACUGCCAGUUGAAGGACCCAACGCGCCGCAGCCGAUCCGCAGAACUGGACGGACCACCUUCCCCUGGACCUCUUGACCACCCGCUCCGCUCUCAAGCCGGACCUUGA